AUGCACGCCCAUUCAGCCACAAAGUCCUCCAAAUCCUUCCCACUCACCUCCCGCAAUCCAUCUUCCACCUCCACCCACCCCCUCUACUAUAAAGAGUGGUACUGCGAGAGUUUUCAGUUCACCACACCAAGGAAAACAACGCCGCAGACCCCGGCACUUGGCUACUGCACGGCAAGGCGAGGCAGUGAGCAGCAGCAAGGCCUCAGGCACACCUCCAUAGGCUUACCUGUGACUAACAUAGAGAUCCCUGGAAAUGCGCGUCUCGUGGCUCCAGGAGAGCUGCUCACCCUCACCCCACCCCCUGCCCCCCUGCCCCACCACCUCUCCCAGGGCCCUCACCCCUCCACGCGCCUUCUCCCAGCUGGCCGCGCCUCGCCCCUGGAGUUCUCGUCGCCUCGCUAUUGCGCCACGCUGGCCGAGGACCGCCCACCAGGAGCCGCCGUCGCCACCGUCACCGCCACACACAAGCACGGAGCGGAGGUGAGGUACAGCAUCACUGGCGGGAACAGGGACGGUCUCUUCACCAUCGACCAGCGCUCCGGCACCAUCACGCUGGCCGCCGCCCUGGACUUCGAACUUAGCGACAGGCAUGACCUGGUGGUGACUGCAGAGGGCGGCGGAGAGGCGGCGCAUGCUUUGGUCCACGUUAGAGUUGGCGAUGUGAAUGACAACCCUCCUGUAUUUCUUCGUCCCGACCCUCGCCUCACCGUUAUAGAAGAGGACGAUAGGGACCUCCCCGCUACCAUCGCUAAGGUGGAGGCGGUGGACGCGGAUUUGCUGGACGAAGGGAGGCUGGUGUUCCGGGUGACUGGCGACGGCGUGGAGCAGGAGGAGGGCAGCGGGGAGGCCUUCUUCACCGUCCACGCCCGCACCGGAGACCUGAUCCAGCUGAGGGCACUGGACAGGGACCCGCCGCAGGGGAGAGGCGUGUGGCGGCUGAGGGUGGAGGUGCGGGACGGCCAGUGGUGGGGAGAUGACCAGAACUCCCCUACCUUCCCACGCCACUACUCCCCAUCCCACCCACACCGGCAGGCGUCCUGGGGCCGCCAAGAGCCGCAGCUGCUCCCUGACGCUGCUGAGGAGGCGUUGAGAGGUUGGGAAGGUGGUGGGGUCUUCCCUGAGCCUGCCACUGGCGACAGAAAUAGAGGCGCUAGAGAAGAGCGCCAUGCAUCACCGCCGAGAGCAGACUCUGGGACACCAGUGCUCGGCUUGGUGACGCAAUACAAACCAAGUAUGGCACCAAGUAUGAAUGGUGCUGACAGACCAAGACCCGAGAAGCGCCAUCCAACCGCUGAGACCAAAUACAAAGCUCCAAGUGUGUCUGAAAAUCAGAAAGACAGUGACGACAAGGGCGGCGCAUCAGGGCAGGACAACAGUUAUGGAAUGGCCCCACACGAGCGGCAGAUGAGAUUCAAAGACGCCUUCGAUGCCUUCACACCAGCGCCUCAUUUGCAGGACAUACAAGGCCACCAACAGCAGCAGCGACCCACACCUGCUAACGGCUACGGCAGAACAACAGAAGCCUUUAAAUCACAACAUUCUGAGAAGCCAAUCACACACAAGAGCCCAAAACUGCCUCCCCCUCCUCCCUGGGACCGCCGUCAUCCUCCUGGCACCCGCAGCGCUCAUCAUGCCACGAAGGCUGAGGGCGAGGUAGCAGAAGAGUCGCAUCACAUAGCGCAGAUAAGGAGAGGGCAAAAUAAAAAGCGAAACCCCACACAGCCUCGGCCCAGACAGGGAACAGAGCCCGCGAUUGUCCCGCCUCGCCAGGACGUCCUUGAUGCAUUCACUAAAGGAGAAAAGGAAGCGGACUCGUCUCUCCAUUUCUCGGACAAUGUUUCCGAGUCUCCUGGCGCCUCUUACACUGCCGGAUCUUCUUCAAGAGACACGAGGGGCGUCAGACUAUCCCGCGACGCCAAUGAAAUGACAUUCACUUCCUUGGGGGACAUUCUGACGGAGGAUUACGAGUGCGAGGACGUCACAGUGAUUGCUUAUGAGUAUGAUGGCGUUCAAGGAGAUGGAGGCAGGGAGCGGCGCGUGCACGUGGUGGAGACCGAGGUGACGGUGGUGGUGAAGGACAUCAACGACAACGCCCCGGUUUUCCCCAACGCCACCAUGAUCGGCCACGUGCAGGAGAACGGCGCCGCGGGGGCGGCAGUGGUGGUGGUGUCAGCCUGGGACGCAGACGACGCCACGGACGGCAGCAACGCGCGGCUCACCUACGCCAUCGAGAAGAACGUAGUGGACGAGGCUUCCGGCGCCGCCAUCUUCAGCAUGGAGUCUGACACGGGCCUUGUGAGGACAGCGCGCUGCUGCCUGGACCGGGAGACCACGCCCGAGUACCGCCUGCAGGUGGUGGCCGCCGAUGGGGGAGGCCUCAAGGGCACGGGGACGGUGGUGGUGCGCGUGAUGGACGAGAACGACAACCCUCCCCGCCUCGCCCGCCGCCACUGGGAGCUGAAAGUGGACGAGACGCCGCCUGAGGGACCGCCCCCCACCACCACCCUGCUGGAGUUGACUGCGGCUGAUAGAGACGCACGCAAUGCCUUCCUGUACAGGGUGGUGCCAAGGAGUGGCCGCGGGUGGGAGAACUUCGGGAUGCGGUCUGUGGGCUCAGCAGGGCAACUCUUCGCCCGCAAGAACCUGGAUUAUGAGUUAGAGAGUCACCGGAGAGGCUUCAGGUUCCAGGUGCAGGUGACGGACCAGGGUCCUGAAGGGUGGGAGGACCUCGCCCACGUGGACUCCGCCUGGGUGACAGUGCACCUGAGGGACGUGAACGACAACCCGCCGGUGUUCUCCCGCCCACACGCCCACGUCACGGUACGAGAGGAUGCCGUCCCCGGCACGCCACUAGCCGCCCUGCCCGCCCGGGACCCUGACGCGGGCGGCCAGCAGGGCGUGGACUACCGGCUGGAGGGAGGCUGGGGCUCCCUCAUGGUGGACACGGAUGGCAGUGUCAGUCUGUGGCGACAACUGGACCGCGAGGCUCCGGACGGCGCCACGGGCAAGGCGCUGGUGGUGGCCGUGGACCGCGGCGUGCCUCCACUCUCCGCCACCGCCACACUUACCAUCACUGUUGCAGACGUCAACGACUGUCCGCCGCGUCUCUUGCCGCCCACCAUCCUGCACGUGAUGGAGGGCGGCCCGCCCACCCGCCUUGGCAUCCUCAAAGUGACGGACCCUGAUGUGUGGGCGCUCGGCCACGGCCCGCCAUUCACCCUCUCCCUGGCGCCCACAAAUCCCCCCCAUGUCCUCUCCCUUAUCAAGCUGAAGUUUGACCCCCGUCUGGAUAGCGGGCGGGGCGGGGCGGAGCUGUGGACGGCUGGUGCGUUGGAUCGAGAGCAGCACCGGGAGUUGAGUGUGGCAGUGCGGGUGUCUGACGCGCAGGGCCUGGCCGCCACCCACCGCCUCACCGUGCUGGUGGACGACCUCAACGACAACCCCAUGAAGCCCGCCGCCAAAUCUGUCUACCUGUGGAAGACUCAGGGCGGCGGGUCGGAUGCUCCUCUGGGCAGAGUUUUCGUGGAGGAUCCGGACGACUGGGACCUCGGGGACAAGGAGUUCGAGUGGGUGGGUCCUCCCCACCCGCUCUUCACCCUCCACCCGCGAGAUGGCACCAUCUUCGCCUCCAGCCAGAUUCGGGAAGGCAGGUACGAUCUGCAGUUCUCCGUCAGUGACCGGGCGUGGCGUCAACGUGGCGUGGCUGCCAACGUGACGGUGAUGGUGCGAGUCCUAACCCCCGAAGCGCUCGCUCAUGCCGCGCCCAUCUCCCUCACGCCCACCACGCCCACGGACCUCAGCCGUGGAUGGUCGCCCUCGACUGGCGGCGGCGGACUCGGCUCUCUGCUGAAGGAGGUGCUGGCGGUGCUGAACGAGCCUGGCAGCGACGUGGAGGUGGUCAGUGUCUACGGCGGCUGUGGGAACCCAGACUCUUCCUCCACGCCCAUCACUACGCCCGCGCCCACGCCAGCCGCGCCCGUGCUUGCCCCAGUGCCCGCCCCGCCGUCGCCCUCCACCUGCGUGUGGGUUAGUGUGAAGGACAGCCGCGGCAGCUUCAUGAACCCCGUCAAGCUGCAGGGACUCCUCGCCCUCCACACCCGCCAGCUGGAGGCGGCGACAAACUUGACGGUGGUGGUAGAUGACCCGACAGAGGCCGCCACGCCGCCGCAACCUCACGACCCCCAGGUCCCGCGCGGCGACACUCUGGAGGAAGCUGACAGCUCCGCCACUUCGCUGGCCUCCACCAGCCUUCCUCUGCAGGUCGUGGACACAAACGCCACCGCCCUGGUCACGCCGCGCCUCACCCGCCCUCAUUCCUGCCAAGCUCACGCCCACGCCCUCAACCAGGAAGACUGUACGUCUGCCUCGUGUCUGAACGGCGGCCGCUGCGUCAGGUUUCAGGAAGGUUACAGCAGGUGUGUGUGUCCUGGAGGCACGUCAGGCCUCCAGUGCAAGGUGUUGAGUCGCACCUUCCUGGGCUCUGGGUGGGCGUGGCUGCACCCUUUGCCUCCCUGCCUUCCCGUGACCUUGUCACUCCGCUUCCUCACUCGCUACCCAGACGCCCUUCUGUUAUAUGCUGGUCCCUUGGUGCCCACGCCCCACCACGCCACGCCAGCACCCAUGCUCGCCUUGCAGCUGGUGGGCGGGAAGCCCCAAGUAUUGGUGGAGGGUGAGGGCGGCCCCCUCAAGCUGCAAGUGAACACCUCCCUGCACGACGGCCACUGGCACAGCCUGCAUCUGUCCCUGGACCCUCAGGGUGUGGUGAUGAUGGUGGACCUGUGUGGACAGAAGUGGAAGGACGAAUAUCAGGACGAGGGCCACUGCCUGACCAGGGCGCGGUGGAAAACUCCGAGACGCGGGAGUGCAUGGCUGGGCUCCACGCCCGCUCAGGUGGGCGGCCUGGCACAGACUCCACCCCUGGCAGAGGACCAUGGGUGGCAGGAGGCCCCCACCCACCACCCCCUGACUGGUUGCCUUGCUCACUUUACCAUCAAUACUCAGGUGAGCGUCCCACGCGUUCACCACCGCGGCACAGAUUGCUCAUCCUGUUGACCGGUGGCUGUUCAAUGCUCAAGUUUUUUUUUCAGCAUGUGGCAGAAUCAUUGUUGGUGGUCAGCACUUGUGAUCACAGCUAUGGCAAGCGCUACAGUGAACAAGCACCUAAGUUGUGAUACACACGUUUUCUGUUCAGUCA